CUUUGAGUUAUUAUUAUUAUUAUAAAAAAGAAUCAUAAAAUAAGUUUUUAAAAAAAAAAAAAAAAGGUAAACCAACAAAAAUUCACUUGCCUCCUCUAUCUAUCUUUCUGCAGUUGUCCAUGAUGAUUAUUAGAGAGAGACAGGAACAAGACGAAACAAUCUAGAACAAGAAACCAAAACAUAAACCACUAUUGUUUUUGAAGGAGGUAAGAAAGAAAGAUCCAGAAGAAACCCAAGAUUAGAGCAAAAUCAGACAGCACCAAGUAAAAACCAGUUUUUUUAGAGAGAGAAAGUAGGAAACGGGUCAGAUUGUUAGAGAGAGAGAGAGAGAGAGAGGAAGCGAAAAAAGAGUCGCAGUGUUCUUUUUCCUCUGCGUGAGCAGAGACAAACAGAGAUAGUGACAGUAGAUUUCGAAAAAUCUAUUUUGGAUUUGUUUUUGUUUUUGGUUUUAUCGGAAAAAUUUGUAGGAUCCAUCUUCAUCUUUCUCUAUCAGCUCAGAUUUGUAUAGAUUUAUGGGUUAUGUGCAUUGGAGCUGUGUACUGUGACUUUUAUUUUUCUAUAAUUUUUAUUUUAUUUUUGGAAUUAGGGUUUGGUUUAAUCAGCUGUGGCUACAACGAGGAGGCAUAAUCUACCGACGUCGGAUUCCGGUGCGUUCACCGACUGGGCGGCGACGACGACGACACCUUCCCGUGCCACCGAGGAUCUAUCUCUUGGUUUCAAUGCUGGUCCCUCCGUCAUCCACGGCGGUAUAGGCUCAGCUUCCGUCGCCGCCGGCGUUCCAUCAUGGCAUCCUGGAUCUUCUGUCCGUUACGGCCUACCUUCGUCGGCGGCGGCGACGGAGAUGGGCAUGGUGGGUCUGCGAGACGUCUUCGUUGUUGCUCCGGCUUAUCAUCACCAGAACGCUGGAGUUAUAUCUGGAUCGGAACAUAUGAACAGUAAUGCAGCUGCGGCGGCGCUCGGUGUCGGAGUGAUUCCUCUACUCACGGCGGGUCCACCGCAGCAAAACGUGGAAGACUCCGACAUUAACUUCCUCGGAAACAACCGGAGAUGGCAGAACAACAACAACACCCACGAAACGCAGUAUCUUCACUUCAAGAGUACUAACCAGACAACGGUCGGAACGAGUUCGAACAACUCGGGGUCUGGCUCAGGCGUAUCGGGAACCGCCACGUGUCAAGACUGUGGAAAUCAGGCGAAGAAGGAGUGUAAGCAGAGGCGGUGCAGGACGUGCUGCAAGAGCCGUGGCUUUGAUUGUUCUACUCACGUGAAGAGCACGUGGGUCUCUGCCGCUCGGCGGAGAGAGAGGCAGGUCAUGCCUACCGGCGCCAAUCCAACGGCUGGCUCGUCUCUGUCGACCUCCUCCGGGACGAAGAAGCCGAGGAUCGUAGGGUCUCAACAACAACAACAACAAGCCACUUCUCAUACUUCAACUUCUAACACGCCUCCUCAAAGUUUCGAGACCAGUUCCAGCCGACAAGACGGAGGAGGGUCAAGAGAAGCAUGGCCAGGGCAGGUUAGGGCUACGGCUGUGUUCAAGUGUGUUAGAGUAACGGCAGUGGAGGACGGGGAUGACGAGUACGCGUACCAAGCGGUGGUGAAAAUCGGUGGCCAUGUCUUUAAAGGAUUCUUGUACGAUCAAGGGCUUGAACCCAAAGAAGGUUUUCCUAAUAUGUCGGAUUUGCAUUUAGGUGGUGCAGCUAAUAACCAUAACGGAGUUUCAGCCUCUGCGCCUAUUCUCGACCCGCCAAAUGUUGCUUAUGGUGGUGGUGGUGGUGGCGGCGGUUCAGGCGGUGGGUUUUACGGUUAAACCAAAUUCAAGAAAGUUUAUUGUUUGAAUGAAAGAUUUUCUCUGAUAUUUUUCUCCAGUGGGGUUAGAUACAAACGAAAUAGUUCAACAACUCUGUUGUAUGAAUUGUCCACUCGGACGAACUACUUCUAAAUUCUAAUGCUGCAACAAACGUAUCGACAGUUAUUUUUUUUUACU